AUGAUUGUUUGGGACGACUAUGACUCCAAGGAUGAUGAUUACGGCAUUCUGGCUAAGACCCUGGCCAUAUACGGACCUAAAAGGGUGCAAAUGGCGCCUCAAUUCACCGCCUCAACUGUGACCUUGCCUAAGAAAGUUAUGGACAUCUUAGGGCUUACAAAAGAGUGGCUCGAGACUGAAGAAGCUCAGCAAGUCUUCCUUGGUCAUCAAUACAAUUACGAUGCUGUUGACGAGUUUUAA